AUGGCAUCCCAAACCUGGCACUACGAUGUCGAAGCCGACGCAAAACUCGAACCCGUCGUCACCCACACUCACAUUCCCGGCGACCAAACUCCUUCCAGCGACGACGGAGACAGCAGCUCCUCAAUCAACAAAGAACUCAUCACAGCCCUCGUCACCGAAGACCACCAACAUGCCAUCAAACUCCGCACCAUGUCCUGGCAAAAAGCCGCCUGGCUCCUCGCCGGUGACCAAGUCUGUCUCGCCAUCAUGGCACAAUCCUGGUCCUUAUCCGUCCUCGGUUGGCUUCCUGGCCUUCUGACCAUGAUCAUCUCCGGUGUUCUGUUCUACAUCACAUCCCUCACGAUGCAUAAAUUCAUCAUGAAGAAUCCGCAGAUUCGCGAUAUUUGCGAUUUUGGGUAUUAUGCUUUCGGGAAGUCGAAUGUCGCUUAUGGGUUUACGGCUUUCAUGCUGCUGGCCAACAACAUCCUUCUCAUCGGUUUCCAUGUGUUGACCGGAGCCAAGGUGUUGAACACACUCUCUGAUCAUUCGCUUUGCACUGUGCUGUUUAGUGUCAUUGCGAUGGUGAUGGGGAUUGUGUUAUCUUUGCCCAGGACGCUGAAGCAUGUGAGCUUCAUGUCGAUGUUCUCCGCUGCAGCUAUGGGUAUCGCGAUCUUGUUGUUCUUGGUCUUUGCUGGAAUUGAAGAUCAUCCUGGAGCGGGAUAUGGAGGGGCGUAUCCGAAAUUGGGCGAGAUCCUGUUCCCUACCUUCAUCGCCGAGAUGGAGAAGCCGCAAGAUUUCCCCAAGGCGCUGACCGUCCUUGCUGGUAUUUCUGGUAUCCUCUUCAUUAUUCCGCCAGCCAUCGGCUUCCACUACCUCGGACAAUACGCGACCGCGCCAGCUUUCGGAUCCCUGGGCACAGAUGUGUUCAAGAAGGGUUCCUUCGCAUUUGUUAUCGUUCCUACACUAAUCAUCGGUGUUAUUUACGCGAACGUCACGGCCAAGUUCGCCUUUGGUCGCAUCAUGGGGACGUCUCGUCAUGCGCACAGCAACACAAUCGUCGGCUGGGGUACCUGGGUGGCGGUCAUGGUCGCCAUCUGGGUCGUGGCAUUCGUCUUCGCAGAGGUCAUUCCUUCCAUGGGAGACUUCCUGUCUCUACUUGGCGCGGCAUUCGAUUCCUUCUUCGGAUUCAUCUUCUUUGCGGUCGCGUACUGGCAGCUGUACAAGGGCAAGCUGUUCAGCACCCCUACUCGAUCGGUCAUGUCUGUCGUGCACGUUGUGGUCAUGAUUUGCGGCUUGUUCUUGCUCGGUCCGGGUCUUUAUGCCGCGGUGAAGGCGAUCAUUGCUGAUUAUACGGGAGGAACAAAGCCAGCAUUCAGCUGCGCUAAUCUUUCGCUGUAG